GUUUUUGCUGUUCGAUCUGGUGGAGCUACAGGAGUUGUUGUUAAAGGCUUGGAGGACAGAAAUCCCAUUUCCUUCAGGAUGGAAGACAAAGGAGAAGUGAAGUGCAUCAAAUUUUCCUUGGGGAACAAGAUCCUGGCUGUGCAGAGAACUUUGAAGAGUGUGGAUUUCCUGAAUUUUAUUCCAGACAGCCCUCAGCUGGAGUACACACAGGAGUGUAAGACAAAGAAUGCCAAUAUUCUAGGAUUCUGCUGGACAAGUUCUACAGAAAUAGUCUUCAUCACAGAUCAAGGGAUUGAAUUCUACCAGGUGUUACCAGAGAAACGAAGCCUAAAGCUCCUGAAGAACCAGAGCAUUAAUGUCAACUGGUACAUGUAUUGCCCAGAGAGCUCUGUCAUCCUUCUUUCCACCACUGUCCUUGGCAAUGUCCUGCAGCCAUUCUACUUCAAGAGUGGAACAAUGUCAAAACUAUCAAAAUUUGAAAUCGAGUUACCUGCAGCACCCAAGUCAUCCAAGCUCAGCCUUUCUGAAAGAGAUAUUGCUAUGGCUACAAUAUAUGGGCAGCUCUACGUUCUCUACUUGAGGCAUCACUCCAGGACUUCCAACAGCACAGGAGCAGAAGUAGUCCUCUACCACUUGCCCAGAGAGGGCUCCUGUAAGAAAACACACAUUUUAAAGCUGAACAGAACUGGCAAGUUUGCACUGAAUGUUGUGGAUAACUUGGUGGUGGUUCAUCAUCAGGAUACUGAGACCUCAGUUGUGUUUGACAUCAAGCUAAAAGGAGACUUUGAUGGCUCUACUACCAUCCAUCAGUUUGUGCUGCCACCUCGCUCAAUCCAGCCCUACCAAAUCCCUGUAGCAGGUCCAGCUUCUGUGACAAGCCAGUCUCCUGUUCCAUGUAAACUCUAUUCUUCUUCUUGGAUUGUCUUUCAACCUGAUAUCAUCAUCAGUGCAAGUGAAGGUUACCUGUGGAGUCUGCAGGUGAAACUUGAACCUGUAGUGAACCUCUUGCUAGAUAAAGGAAGACUAAUGGAUUUCCUUCUGCAGAGGAAAGAAUGCAAAAUGGUUAUCCUGGCAGUGUGCUCUCAGAUGCUGAGUGAGCCAGAAAGGGGAUCACUGUCUGUGAUUGCAACUGUUUUUGACAAGCUGAAUCACGAAUAUAAGAAGUACCUGGAAGCUGAGCAGAGCUAUACCAUGGUGGUAGAGGCAGGCCUGAGUAGGAGUAACCCCCCCCUGAAGCGCCCGGUGCGCACGCAGGCGGUGAUCGACCAGUCUGACAUGUACACCCACGUGCUGUCUGUAUUCACAGAGAAGAAGGAGGCCCCUCAUAAGUUCACUAUAGCAGUCUUGAUGGAAUACAUCCGCUCUCUGAACCAGUUCCAGAUUGCAGUGCAGCACUACUUGUAUGAGCUGGUCAUCAAAACCCUGGUGCAGCACAACUUGUUCUACAUGCUCCAUCAGUUCCUGCAGUACCACGUGCUCAGUGACUCAAAGCCUUUGGCUUGUCUGUUACUGUCCCUGGAAAGCAUUUACCCUCCUGCACACCAGCUCUCUCUGGACAUGUUAAAAAGGCUUUCCACAGCCAACGAUGAAAUAGUGGAGGUUCUGCUGUCCAAACACCAAGUGCUGGCUGCCCUGAGGUUCAUCAGGGGGAUCGGGGGCCACGACAGCGUCUCUGCCCGCAAGUUCCUGGACGCGGCGAAGCAGGUGGAGGACGAGAUGCUCUUCUACACCAUCUUCAGGUUCUUUGAGCAGAGGAACCAGCGCCUGAGGGGCAACCCCAGCUUCACCCCAGGUGAGCACUGUGAAGAACACGUCACCUUCUUCAAACAAGUUUUUGGAGAACAAGCUCUCAUGAAACCCACAACCUUCUGAAAGACUCUUCCACUGAAAUGUAUAAACUUAAUUUAUUGCAUUUAAGUAGAAUUUUUGAACUACAAAAUUGCUAUUUUAUAAUAAAGUAUAUACAAGACA